UUCCUUUCUUUAAUUGAAAAAUGUAAAAAAGGAAUUCAUUGAGGGCCUCAGAGACACAUCAAGAAGAGUAAGGGAUCAUUCUGUAAUACCCAAAUACUUUCUAAACUCUUCCAAUCGCUUCCAUUACUUUGGUUUUUCUUCUUUUUUUCUACCCCCAAUAGUUUCAGUCAAAUAUGCGAGGAAGAAUGGACCCGAGAAUUGAUAAACUGGUGAGAGGGACAACCAUGGUGGCUACUGUUACUGCUUCUUAUUUCCUUCUCACUGCAGAUUAUGGACCUGAACCAAGUGUUCUCGACCCGAUCUGUUCAGAUCUGUUUCCGGUGAACUUUCAGAUCUGUUCAGAUCCAGCGCCGUCCAGUGGUUUCCGAAGAGAUCUUCCCAGUGAACUUUCCGGCGAACCUUCAGAAUCUUUGUCACAUCCUCUCCGGCCCAGAUUAAAAAUGCAAUACUGUCAGCAGAACAUUCUCUCAAAGAGUUGAUCUUUGGACCAAAGAAGGGUGUUCAAGAACACAAAGCUGAGAAUUCGACCCCUAGCUCUUUGGAGAAACAUGAAAAGUCUGGUGGCUAACUGGUUUUCCUCGCGUCCAAUCAUGCUGUUUGUAGGGCUACAGCUUAACCCAACAUCUGGAACUCUUAUUUACUUAAUUUUCUGAAUGCUUUUUCUUCUAAAGGUGAAUGUGAAUAUAUAGAAUAGACCUCUUUUAAGCUUUUUAUUAAUGUUGUAAAUGUUAUCCAUACCAGAGCAUGUUUGUCCUGAUAUUUCUGCAAAUUUCAUAGCAAGGUUGGAAA